UGUCAAGCUGAGCCCUCAGCCCACGGUGCAGGCCCAGGAUGAAGAGCAGAGCCAGAGGACAGUCACCGUCAACCCUGCCCACAUGGGGAAGGCCUUCAAGGUCAUGAAUGAGCUGCGAAGUAAGCAGCUGCUGUGUGACGUGAUGAUCGUGGCAGAAGAUGUGGAGAUAGAAGCCCACCGUGUUGUCCUGGCGGCCUGCAGCCCUUACUUCUGUGCCAUGUUCACAGGUGACAUGUCUGAGAGUAAAGCCAAGAAGAUUGAGAUCAGGGACGUGGAUGGACAGACACUCAGUAAGCUGAUCGACUACAUCUACACCGCAGAGAUCGAGGUGACCGAGGAGAACGUGCAGGUACUGCUUCCGGCAGCCAGCUUGCUGCAGCUCAUGGACGUUCGGCAGAACUGCUGUGACUUUCUGCAAUCUCAGUUGCAUCCCACCAAUUGCCUGGGCAUCCGCGCAUUUGCAGAUGUGCACACUUGCACUGACCUUCUGCAGCAAGCUAAUGCCUAUGCAGAGCAGCACUUCCCGGAGGUGAUGCUGGGGGAAGAGUUUCUGAGCUUAAGUCUGGACCAGGUGUGCAGCUUGAUAUCCAGCGACAAGCUGACUGUCUCUUCAGAAGAGAAGGUGUUUGAAGCCGUGAUUUCAUGGAUCAAUUAUGAGAAGGAGACUCGCUUAGACCACAUGGCAAAGCUGAUGGAGCAUGUCCGGCUCCCGCUCUUACCUAGGGAUUACCUGGUCCAGACAGUCGAGGAGGAAGCUCUGAUAAAGAAUAACAACACCUGUAAGGACUUCCUCAUCGAAGCCAUGAAGUACCACCUACUGCCCCUCGACCAGAGGCUCUUGAUCAAGAACCCUAGGACCAAGCCCCGGACUCCUGUUAGCCUGCCCAAGGUCAUGAUUGUGGUUGGUGGCCAGGCACCUAAGGCCAUCCGAAGUGUGGAGUGCUAUGAUUUUGAGGAGGGCCGCUGGGACCAGAUAGCCGAGCUCCCCUCCAGGAGAUGCAGAGCAGGUGUGGUGUUCAUGGCCGGCCACGUUUAUGCCGUGGGUGGUUUUAACGGCUCUCUGCGGGUGCGGACAGUGGAUGUGUACGACGGCGUGAAGGACCAGUGGACAUCCAUUGCCAGCAUGCAGGAGCGCCGGAGCACGCUGGGUGCGGCCGUGCUCAAUGAUCUCCUCUAUGCGGUCGGAGGCUUUGACGGCAGUACGGGCUUGGCGUCGGUAGAAGCCUACAGCUACAAGACCAAUGAGUGGUUCUUCGUGGCCCCAAUGAACACGCGUCGGAGCAGUGUGGGCGUGGGCGUUGUGGAGGGGAAGCUGUAUGCUGUCGGGGGUUACGAUGGGGCUUCCAGGCAGUGCCUGAGCACUGUGGAGCAGUAUAACCCAGCCACCAACGAGUGGAUAUACGUGGCAGACAUGAGCACCCGACGCAGUGGCGCUGGGGUUGGGGUGCUCAGUGGACAACUGUAUGCCACGGGGGGCGCGCUUCCUUCAGCUCUCAGGGCCGCUGUCAGGCUGGAAGAUCCUCAUACUUCACAGGCUGCCCGGGUUGCGGUCUCUGAUACUUGCACUGAUCCUGUGACUUCCGUUUGAUUCCCAGGGGUCUGUGCAGUGAACGGGCUCCUGUAUGUGGUUGGAGGGGACGAUGGCUCCUGCAACCUGGCUUCGGUAGAGUACUACAACCCUGUCACCGACAAGUGGACCCUGUUGCCAGCCAACAUGAGCACCGGCAGGAGCUAUGCAGGUGUUGCUGUGAUUCACAAAUCCUUGUGACCCAGGCUUCCACUGCCAGGAGGUGGAGGAAGGAGCGGGCAUUGCCUGUGACCAGAGCAUGGAGCAGCGGGACCAUGACAAUGGAAGAGGUUAACUAGGAAGCUUUGCAGUGGUUUGAGAGCCACCCUCGUUGUCUUAGCAGACCAGCCUUGUCCCUCAGUGUGGGCAUUGAUGAUCCACCUUCUGCUCUGAGGUGCUUUGGUUUCUGCCCUGAACAGUUGGGUUCCCGACAGCCCCACAAAAACUCCUCGUGUGUGUGUGUGUGUGUUUCUACAGGACAAUGGAGAGAACUUUGAAGUGUGUGUGUGUGUGUGUGUGUGUGUGCGCGCACGCGUGUGCACACACUUGUAUUUGUGUGUGUAGGAUUCAUUCAGUGGAUGCAGGGGCUGUGCGAGUGUCUACUGCAUUUCUUUACUGCUGAUCUUUUAACUAUGCUAAAACACCUACCAAUGUCUUCUGGACUCGUCCCAUGGGGACCUAGACUACUAAAGCUGCUGUCUUCUUGGGAGGUCCAGGAAGAACUAGCAAGAAGCAGCCCUUCAACCACGUCUGGGACCAUGCCUUGACUACUGUGGCUGUGAGGAAGAACUGGUGCUUCCUCAGAACUGCACUGUAAUCCUCCGUGUACCUCUGGGGUGCAGCCUCAUCCAGCCGUUGCCAGCCACUCCUCCUCGGCUGCACUCUAGGAAGCAGAGAGGAACUGUUUUGUCUUCACGACCUUGGCCUCUAGUCUUUGAUGUCAUGGAUUCCAGGUUUGGAAGAUUUUGUGUCUUUUCAGCAGGGAAAACAAACUUUUCAGAGAAACCCCAGGUAGAACACUGGGGUGAAAAAGACAAGAAAAAAACAAAAAACAAAACAAACCCCAGAAAAACCAAAGUGGUCUUUGUACCCACCCAGUGGUCUCAGAGAGGGACCCAGCUUGUGAGUGUUCCAGAGCACCAACCCUGUUUAUUAUGCUUAUUAUAUGGGCUUACUUAUUCAUGGUCUCAGAUCUCAUGUGGAGGACAUGUAAAAGGUUACCCUGCCACUAAACCCAUAGAGAGACUUGCCCCUGUGUUACAUGGGGCUGUAUGUAACUCAGAGGGACAUGGAUGACUUCUAAGGACUAUCCAGGCUGGAUCUGGUCAUUGGCUCUUUGUGAUGAUGGUCAGGUCUGUCUGUAUCUGUCUUCCCUGUCUUCUGUUGUCUUCCUGUUUCAGGGUCCGUAUCCAUUCCCCAGCCUCCCAAACACCUCUUCUUACUCUCCCCUUUGGGGAGGAGAUGGUAGUGGCCCCUGGACUGGAGAUACUCUUCAAAGACCCUUGUAUUUUAAAAAUGAAAGCAACUUAUCAAAGUUUUGCUCAGAUCAAAACGAUGAAGAAUGUAACUUCAAGCCCCUGGGGUGGUGUUUGGAGGUGCGUGGAAGCACACACGUUAGGGUUGGGGGGUGUGCUAGCUGCACAGGCAUGAGUUUGCUCUCUAGCACUGAUGUAAAACAAGUCUGGGUACAGCAACAUGUGCCUACAAUCUCAAAGCUGGGAAGGCAGGGAGAGAAAAGCUGAGGCUUGGGGACAGCCAGCCUAGGCUAACCAGCAAGUCUCAGGUCCCAGGGAGAGUGCAUCUCAAAACAAGUUGUGUGGGUCCUGAGGACCAACUUUGAAGGCUGACCUCUGGUCUCUGUGCAACUCACCCUCCCCACUCACACAAGAACUUCAAAGCUGGACUCUUCCUAAGCUAGCAAAUUGCUUGUAUUGGGAUCUCUGCCCUUGGACUAUGCCAGGAGAGCAGUCUCGCACCCAUGCGGCAGGGUUUCAGCCUCCCUGGAGUCAGAAUCUGUGUAGAGGAGACCAAGGGACUUUGUGAACUCUGAUGCUGGACUUCUGACACAAGCAGUUCUCAGAAGCACAUAUAAUAGGUUGGCACCUCCUAUCCUCUGCAUUUAGAAGCCCAGCUUCUGCCCAACGAGGUGGCCACUGAGUAUUUACUGAGUCUUUAAAGUGGACCCUACCAUGAGAGUAAAAUAUUUUUUUUCUAAUGUUAAGCAGAAAUGAGGCACCACAACACCCAGACAGUAGCCUUAGGAAUAGUUAGUAGCUAGAAUACCCAGCUUUGGGGGAUCCAGAAGAAAUGUCUCCCAAGGGAUGCAAACAAAUUUUUUUGGCCGAUGCCCUGGUUCCAGCUCAGAGUUGGGGAGGGUUGCUUGUGAAGCUCUGCCUGGCCUUGUGCUAGAAAGUAGAAUGUAUCCCUAAUUCCCUUCCUCCCUCUCUAGGGAAGCCUGAGUACUUGUUUGAGGUGCAAGGGGUGAAGACAAGGUUGGGGACCAGAGUCUAAGGUGCUGUUUGCAGAAGCACCCCAUUUCAGGUGAAAGGUAACCCAUCUCCUCCCCCAAUCCUAACAAGAAUCUAGACGUUUAUACUUGGGGGUCAAGAGGAGUCUCUUCUUGGAGACAACCCCUCCUUCCAUGGAAGUUGGCCAGCUGCAGUUUUUGCUGGAGUUUUUGCUGUUGGUCCCACCUCCCAUCUCCCUUCCCAUAAAGCAUUGCUUUUGCAGGCGAAGCUGCUGAGGGUUCCACCCAUUUCACCCUCAUGGGGACUAGAACACUGGUACGUCAUCACCAAAAAAGCCAAUCUUCCCUAGCUGCCCACAGAUGCCACCCCGAGACCCCUGUUGCUCCAUCACCAGGCAUCUCCCCUUGGUGGACACCUCAGACUCACUUUCAAGUGUGGGCUAGUCACACGGUGGGGAAUGCCUCCCCUGCCUGUCAGAGCAGCUGCCACUGCUAGUGAGUCUGAAAUCUGAAAUCACAUCUAAUCUGAAAUCUGAUGGCAGUGGUGAAACGGACUUGAGACCCAAGGUCAAAAGCAGCUUAGACACCACUUGGAUGCUGAUCUGGACAGCGUAGAAGUUAUAUUUCUGAAUUCCAAAGUCACUUCUCCCAAGUACCCAAGAGCAUCUCCACCUUAAAAAAAAUGGCAGUAUUAUGCAAAUGAAGUGACCUCAUUUUUCUGCUAUGCAAUAAGAAUUCUUAAUUCUAUCUCAUGACAAACCGGUUGCAAUACCCACCCCCAGAGGCGUUUCUUAGCUGUCCUACUUUGAUGUCUGUUGUGUAAUAUUUGUACAUUUCUGAGCCAGACCCUUUCAAAGAUUGCCUUUUUGUAAAAUCGAAGCUACAGCUCUCAGGCUGAAGUUUUAAUGUAGAUAUUUUUAUAGAUAAUUUUUUCACGAUAUUUGAAUCACUUUCUAUUGUCCACGGCAAUGAAAUGCUAUUCUGUAUGUAGCUCACCUUGACACAGUGCAUACCUGUAGCUGUCCUUCUUUUGUUUCUCACCUCUCCGAAGCCUCUGUAGCUCCAGGUUCCCAGUAUUUUAGGGAGACUGUGGACUCCCAAGAUGCAGCCAUGGGCUUUGCUUUUUUGUUACUAGACACUAAUGUUGAACUUGACUCAUCACCCGUCCUCUGUAUCUCUCAAAGUCUGCUUUUUGCAGGGCUUCAGCUGGGUUGGCCCUCACAGUGGCAGCUCUCGUCACCUGGCAUUGAGCUUGCCCUCUGCUCUGCAUUUCCCAUGCUGCCUGGGACCUGCAGACCUUGUCCAUUCUCUACUGUCUCCUGGUUUUUGGAGGUUUCUAGUACUUGAGGCCUCUGCCUCUGCGGCUGUGUCAUGUCUCUUUGGGAAGUUUGCAUUCUCUGGACUUAGGUAGAGGGAGUCCCUCGUGACUCCUGGGAAGAAUGUGCUUAGCAGAUGCUCACAGUGGUUUGUUUUUUUUUUUUUUUUCCCCUGAGCUGUCACCACUCCAGGCUCCGUUUUGUGUAUUUUUCUGCCACCCGACUCUUGUUUCUCUUUUUUUAAAUCCUUAUUACUUUUGGGACAGGUGCCAUCUAAGUGGCCCCCAUGCUUCUUCCUGUUUGCACCUGAUUGGAUCAGUGGGAGGCAGAGCAAACCCAUUCAGUUGGACAGAAUAUCCAAGUCUCUGCUGCACAGAAGCAAGUAGGUCACAGUGGUUUCCGUAGGUUUCCCCCUUUGAUGUGUGUGAGUGCGUGUUUGCACUACUUAGGCCUCUCAUGUUCAGAUAUGUUGUUUAUCUACUGACCAAGCAUAGAAUCCAGCAGCACUUGCAACAUAUGGGGACCGAAGAGGCUUCUUCAUGUGGGUAAUGUGGUGCCGUCUUCACCACGACUCGGGACUCGGUGACUUCUGGAUGUAUUGGCAGCCAUGGCAGGGAUACACGGGGCUGCAGCAUUUGCAGGAAUAAAUUGACCCUGUGCUGUUCUUGCCUUUGGUUAUAAGAUUGUAAAUUAUGUCCCCCACCCCUUUUGGUGGUAAUAAAGGACCCUUGUUGGACUUCUUGUUUGAUUUAUAUAUGAUGUAUAAAAUACUUUCUUUGAAAGAAAACUCAAGACACAGACUGUGUGUAUCUGCAUGGAUGCUCUGGCCCUGUGCUUGACAUGGGCCAUCACACGACACUGGCACAGGUCCAUGCUCUGAUCUGAUGAAAGCAUGGAUGUCAGGGGCCAUGCAUCAUGUAAUACAUGAUCAAUACAUGAUCAAUACAUCGGGAGCCGGGAAACAUUCCCCCAAACGUGUGAUUUUCAUAGGAUCCCAUUGCACUGUACAUGACAUUUUAAUAA